AUGAGCGUUGCAAUCGAAGCCGGGCUUGCCGACGGCGAUGGCGGGGUCUCGCCCAAGCACAAAAUGACCCCGCGGCCACUGAGAUCCUCGCGCGUGUCACCGCCGCCUGUGACACCAGCGGCAACGACAACUCCAGCAGUUCCUGCGGGGACGGCUACCCACGAAGACAGUGAAGAGGCAGCACAGAGCCAUGAAGCAUCUGCCCCGGAGCCGUUUCCGCCCAUGACAAGUCCAAAUAUGAGCAGGAAUAGACUGAACUCCUUCAGCUUGCGGACAGACCCGGACGCCCAGGCAACCGUAACCGACUUCCUCGACUUUACCGAAUACCUACCCUCCGACAUGACACGGUCUCUGACGCUUAUUGGCAAGCUUGACGACGCCUACAUCGAUGCGUCGACCAAUGUGCACAAGCUGACGGAACUCUGGGGCCAGCUGCCCAACACACCUGCCGGCACCCGUCCCUCCGCCACAAAACUGCGGGCUGACAUCUCCGACAACCUCAACCAGGGCAUUAGCGCACGCGUCUAUGCCCACGCAGAAGCUCUGCGGAUGGCCGAGAACGUCAACCGACACUACUUUCGUGCCAAAACCAUUCUGGCCAAGCUGCGUACGAUGCUGGAGAAUUACCCCGAGGCCGAGCAGCAGCAGCAGGCACAGCUGCAACAGAAACAGCAGCAGCAGCAGCAGCAGCGCGAACAGGAGCAGCGGCAGCUUCAGAACCAGCAGUCGAAGCCCAAGAAGAGCAACGGCCAGCAGCGGAUGCGGCGGCAACGUGUGCCCCGCAUCACGGUGCCCGGCGAGGUCCUGGCGCCCUACGACUUGGAUUACGAAUCCUACAGCGGUGAGAGCGACAUCAGCUCACCAUCAUCCGACGACGAGUCGCCGCCGCCCACCACGAUGCGGCGGAAGUCGACACCCGCCGCACAAUCUCGGCUCAAGGGCCUUAAGGGGACAGGCGCCGGGGGUGUUGGCGUGGGCCACGGCGGGUCCUCGUCGUCCUUCUACCCACCCAAGAUUCCCAAAGUGCGCGUGCCGCGCGAGUCGCGGGUGCCUGGCCAGCCGUAUAUUUCAACCAGCUCGGCACUGGCUCGGCUGAAACCACCACCCGAAAAUGCCGUGAUCGGAAGCGCAGAUGCGCCCUGGCUGCGGCUGACGGCCUAUGAGCUGGCAAAGCUCAGAAAGCGCAUGAAGAAGAACGCACAAUGGUCACCGAGUGAGACCAUGAUUGCCAGGGAGCUCAAGGCGCUCGGCCGCAACCUGGAUGCCUUCAACCAGGCACGCAAGCGGGCCGAAGCGGAAGGCCGUGUGUUUGAAGGUGUCAUCCCAGAAUCGCCGCUGGAACUGAGUGCCUCGAGUGCCGACGCUGCUCUUGCCGGCGAAGACAACCAAGUAGAGGGCCAGGGCAUAAAGUUGAACGACACCAAGAAGUCGAAGAACGACCUGGGCCAGCUCGCUGCGCGAGAGGCGGAGGAGUCUACCCGGAGGAUGAUGGAAGCAGCGCGUGCCAUCUUUUCGCCGUAUCCUAGCGCGACACCGGAUGCAGCGGCAGCUGGAUCAGGCAGCCUCUCUGCAAGAGCCACCACACCAGCAGUCACGAGUGCAACCACGCGGAAGCGCAAGCGAGAGGGGCCGGUGGAUGUCGCAGACACAGUGGAGGGUGUUGAUGCUGGGGCAAGCGAAGCAGCGACACCGCUACCCACGUCCCAACGUCAACUACAGAAGCGGAUCAAAACGGAGACGCCAGUGCCGAUUCCUCAGCACACUGCGGGCUCGGCGCCGCCGCACGAUGCCAGCAACAAUAACCUGGCCACGCCGGCUCCCCAACGCGCGCGUCUCUCCAUGACGCCCGUGCAUGCACCUGUUUUGGGCCAGGGAAACGGUGGCGGUGCUGCAGCAUCGCAAGAUGCGAGCGCAAAUGCACCGCAGUCGAGACAGUCCACAACCAUGUCAUCACCCCUCUCGAGUGGAGCAUCGAGCCAGUCGGUGGCGGGCUAUGGCACUACGACGACGACGACGGUGCCUCUCAAACCGCCGGCCGAGACGCCUAUCCACCCACCUAUGCACAAGUCGACGACUCCCAUCCACCCUCCCGUUCGAGAACUACGGACGCGGGAGCCGAUGCGGAAGGAUCUUCCAUUGCAUCAACAGCACAAUGGUACGGUCGCCGGUGAGGAUGCGUCCGAAGACCUGGCUGUGCCGCUACGGGCAUCCCGGUCGUCGUCACGGGCCUUGACACCCAACACCGUGAACCCCACGAACGCCUUGGGCAUCAUGGGCACGGUGCUGCCGACAACCGAGGGUCCAGCAGCCGGUGCGAUGCUGACGACGGCAGGGCCGUCGACGACUAUGACGCGUCGUGCGUCGCGCGGCGUGUCGGCGGCGCCGCCGAAUGUCGGUGCGAAUGCUGACGGUCCUGGCCCGUCCUUGGCUGCCGAGCGCCCACGGCGCGCCAGCACGGCACACAACACGCCUGUCCCAGACGGUUUCCGCCAGACGGGGGGUACAAGCGGCGGCAAGCGCGUCAAACGACCCGCACCGGGCGUGGUCAGCCGGACCAGCUCAGGCGGUAGCGCCGCCGUGGGCCAGCGGAAGGCAGCGCCCCGGAAGAAGCGAGGAUCGAACGCGCACCAGCAACGGCGGGACAGCCGCGGCAAGUCGACGGACGGCGACGAGGUCGAGGUCGACGAUGACGGCAACGUCAUUGAUGCCAACGAGCCGCGCUACUGCGUUUGCAACCGGGUCAGCUUCGGCACGAUGAUCCAGUGCGAUAAUGUUGAUAAUUGCAAGCAGGAAUGGUUCCACCUGGAGUGUGUCGGCUUGACGGCCGUGCCGGCGCGGACGACCAAGUGGUAUUGUCCAGACUGCCGCGUGCUGCUCAACAUUGGCGAGAAGGGUGAGGUGAGCGCCCGCGGCGUCAAGAUGUGA